AUGGCCGCCACACGCAGACUCCACGCCACUGCUCAGCAGCUCACCCCCGCAACCACCUCCGCGGCUACUACCGCCACCGAAUACCCGACGGACCACACUCCAAUCGCCAACCCCAUCGACACCGCCAACUUCCUGGACAACCAGUUUGUUUCUUCCAAGGCUUCAACAUGGAUUGACCUGCACGAUCCUGCCACCAACAACCUUGUUACUCGGGUGCCGCAAAGCACUGAUGAGGAACUACGGGCCGCCGUCGAGUCCGCCCAGAAGGCCUUCCCGGCGUGGCGCGCAACAAGCGUCAUCGCCAAACAGCAAAUCAUGUUCAAGUUUGUUAGCCUGAUCCGUGAGAACUGGGACCGACUUGCCGCAUCCAUCACGCUCGAGCAGGGCAAGACCUUUGCCGAUGCCCGGGGUGAUGUUCUCCGCGGUCUUCAGGUUGCGGAAACAGCCUGUGGUAUCACCACCCAGCUAACGGGUGAGGUGUUGGAAGUCGCCAAAGACAUGGAAACCAGGAGCUACCGGGAACCUCUGGGUGUGGUUGCGGCCAUCUGUCCUUUCAACUUCCCCGCAAUGAUUCCCCUCUGGUGCAUUCCCGUCGCCACCGUGACCGGCAACUGUCUUAUCCUCAAGCCAUCGGAGCGGGAUCCCGGAGCUGCAAUGAUCCUGGCCGAGCUGGCCAGGGAAGCAGGUUUCCCUCCCGGUGUCAUUAACAUUGUCCACGGUGCCGCAAAGACAGUCGACUUUAUCCUCGACGAGCCCGCCAUCAAGGCCAUCAGCUUCGUUGGCAGCAACCGUGCAGGAGAGUACAUCUACACCCGGGGUUCUGCCAAUGGCAAGCGUGUCCAGGCCAAUCUGGGAGCCAAGAACCAUGCUGCUGUGGUUCGGGACUGCAACAAGAACCAGACCCUAAACGCCAUCGUCGGCGCGGCGUUUGGUGCUGCCGGCCAACGUUGUAUGGCCCUGAGCACCGUGGUCAUGGUCGGUGAGACUAAGGAUUGGCUUCCUGAGAUGGCUGAACGGGCCAAGGCUCUGAAUGUCAAUGGAGGCUUCGAGGAGGGUGCUGAUCUCGGCCCCGUCAUUAGCCCCGAAAGCAAGAAGCGUAUCGAAGACCUUAUCGCCAGCGCCGAAGAGGAGGGUGCGACCAUUCUCCUAGAUGGUAGGGGUUACAAGCCGGAGAAGUACCCUAACGGCAACUUUGUCGGCCCUACCAUCAUCACCAACGUUACCCCCGAGAUGAAGUGCUACAAGGAGGAGAUCUUUGGCCCCGUCCUGGUCUGCCUCUCGGUGCCCACUUUGGAUGAUGCGAUUGAGCUCAUCAACAAGAACGAAUAUGGUAACGGUGCUGCCAUCUUCACUCGCUCCGGCUCUACUGCAUCCCGGUUCCAGAAGGACAUUGAAGCCGGCCAGGUCGGCGUCAAUGUGCCCAUCCCUGUCCCGUUGCCCAUGUUCUCCUUCACCGGCAACAAGAAGAGUAUUGCUGGAGGUGGUGCCAACACCUUUUACGGCAAGCCUGGAUUGCAGUUCUACACCCAGCAGAAGACGGUGACCAGUCUGUGGCGGAGUGAGGAUGCCGUCAGCACCAAGGCCCACGUGGUGAUGCCUACUCACUCGUAA